AUGCCUAUCCAUUAUGUGUUCAAACCCAAGAAAGUCCAGCUGACGGAUGGAAAUUUGGUGCUGGAUACGCCCGUUCCAACCAGCUAUCUUUCUGCAGUUGAUUAUCAAACGGAUCAUGAAUUUGAGACCAUGCGCUACAUGGCCGUGACAUGCGAUGCGGACAUGGUGCCAGAGGGCCGGUACAAACUCAGGGCACAGAGCUUGAAGCGAUCGAUAGAACUUGCUAUCUGUCUGACUGUCAAUGAGGAAUCUCCGCAGGCGUUUUGUUUGACACUGCACUCGUUGAUCAAGAACAUCAAGCAGAUGUGUUUGUCGACCUCAAAAUCGAGGGCGCACAAGAAUCCUGUGUGGAUGGAGGAGGAUUCAUGGCAAAAAGUCGUGAUCUGCAUCGUGGCAGACGGUCGAAGGCAUCUGAAUCCCAUUAUUCUCAAAGUCCUGGCGGCGAUGGGAUGCUGGCAGGAGGGAGUGGCGAAGAACCAGGUCAACGGGAAAGCUGUGCAGGCACAUAUCUUCGAGUAUUCGACACAGGUGUCAGUGGAUAGCAAACUGCGACUCAAAGGACGGACCAUAAAAAACACCAACAAGCACCACUACCCACCUAUUCAGAUCGUCUUCUGUCUCAAGGAACGACACACCAAAAAACUGAAUUCUCACCGCUGGUUCUUCAACGCGCUCUGCCCACUGCUCAAACCAAGGAUCACUCUGCUCACGACAGCCGGAACAAAGAUUGGCGAUGGCAGUCUUUUUCACCUCUGGAAUGCCUUUGACAGGAAUCCACACACGGCGGGAGCAUGUGGAGAGAUUCGUGUUGCCAAAGGAUUGCUCUGGUGGAAGGUUCUGAAUCCGCUCAUCGCAGCUCAGGUUUUCGAGUACAAGGUCUCGAGCGUCCUGGAGAAGCCAUUCGAGAGCAUUUUCGGAUAUAUCUCAGUCAUGCCUGGUGCAUUGGUCGCGUAUCGAUAUGAGGCGCUCUUGCCAGAACCCAUCUCUGGAAAGGGGCCGCUGACAGCCUACUUUGAACCGGAUUACCUUGUGUUUAGCGAUGAUCAUCGGGAAGUUGGCGAAGUGCUGCAGUAUUCGUACUUUGCCGAAGACCAGAUCCUACCCUUUUUGGUGACGACUCGAAGGAAUGCCUCGUACACAAUGCAAUAUGUUCGAUCCGCCUGGGCCGAAACUGAACUGCCAGCGGGGAUUGGGACAUUUUUGGGCAUGAAACGCAAGUGGCAAAACAGGCGGUUCUUUGGACUGAUCUAUGCAGUGUCGCAUGUCGCAGCGAUCUGGAGAAGUGGUCAUAACUUUAUGAGAAAGCUAUGGUUGACCUUGGAGAUCAUCUACCUGGGAUGCGACACCGCCUUCUGGUUUUUGGCGCUGGGGAAUUACUAUCUGGUAUUUUACUACAUGGCUCAGACGCUGGCGCAUACAUCGCAAAUAACCGCCGGCAGCACUGCGUUCAUGUUAACGCGCUACGUUUACAUAUGCCUCAUUGUCGUUGUGAUGAUGAUCUCUAUGGGCAAUCGGCCCCGAGGGUAA